AGAGUGACGAAGAGAAGGAAUAGAGGGCAAUGUAUGUGCAUAGAAGUCUCGACAUCUGCCUCCGACACACCCAAAAAUAUCCGUAUGGUCUUGUGUUUGCUCGUAUCCACUCCUCAGUGUUCAGAUUGGUUUUUCUUUUUUAUGUGCAUGCUUCAACAGCGACAAACGUAGGAGCCGGAGGGACAAUCAUGGUCAAGUCGGUCCUAGAGUGAGGUCAUGAAGAUCUUCUCUUCUCUCCUCUCCUCCUUCUGUCUCUCUUCUUGUCUCGGUCCCUCUCCUCACACCCUCCCCCUCUCUGCAGUUUCUUCUCUCCCGCGUUUCCUCCAUGCGAAAGACAUGCGCCUUGUAAUCCUCUUCAACAGGACACCCUCAGGUCCCCUCUCCUUCCUCCUUUGCGUCUUCUUCGUCUUCCUCUUCUUCCUCUUCAUCUUCUUCCUCUUCAUCUUCUUCCUCUUCUGUUUCCUCUACCUGCUUCGCUUCUCAUCGUUUCCCCUUCUGUACCUCUCGCGCGGAUGCACAAGGAACAAAUGUUUUGGCAGAGACAGGUCAUCGCACAGGUCGCAUAUCUGUCUCUUCUGCGCGCUCCUUGUAUUUUCCUUCUCGGCUUUUCCUUUCUUCACUCUUUCCUUAUCGUCCGCUCCGUCUCCGUCAUCUUGCUCCUCGUCCUCUUCUCUCUUCUCGUCGCCUUUCUUCUCUCGUGCUUCUUCCUCCUCUUCGUUCUUCUCCUCUUCUCUUUUCUCCUCUCCGUUCUCUUCGUUGCUUGUCGCAGAGGCAUUACCAGUUUCGCGCUCGUGGAGUGACACCCGAAGCAGAGGCUCUCGAGAGUUCGGUGUGGCGAGGACGUCUCUUUUUCCUGAGUUCGAUUCUUCGCUGCCUCUCUCUCUCGAAAAAGGCGGCAGGGGUACGCUUCUCUCAUCUCCUUCAAGGCUUUCCGCCCUAUUUCCAGACGUACAGUCCCCGUUUCUGUCCGGUGCUUCACCCGCUUGUCUCCUCUCUCCUCCGUCGUCUUCAAAGCACCAGUCGCGGCUUCCCUCCCUGCGACGCAGACAUCCAGUCGCAGAUUUCUUUGCCGUCCUUCGAGGCGACACUGCGGGUCGUCCGUGGUCUUUCCUUUCAUGCCCGCAAAGCAAAAAUGCAGUUUUCUCGUUGUUUUCUUCUUCCUCCACUUCAUUCUUCUUUGAGAACCGGACAAGGCUGACCUGGCCUGAGUUCUCCUCUGCAUGCGACGACACACGGUCCUCGCGCUCCACUCUCUCCGCGGAGUGGCGUAGUCAACCUCCCUUCUCCUCCAGCUUUCCCCGGGAGUCUUCGUUUGCUCUGCCAGUCUCUCGCGUCGCGAGACAGGCUCUUCACAUGUCUCCGCCCAGGCCUCAUUCCUCUGACUGCGACUCUCGGAGUAGCUCUGCUUGUUGGUCUCGGUCUUCUCUCCCCUCUUCGUCAUCCGUCUCGUAUCGUCUGCUUUCUUCUCCGUGCUUCCACUCUUCGUCCUCUCGCUGCUUUCGCUUCCCCUCAUCUCCCUGUUCCUUUUCUCUUGGCACUCUGUGUUCGCGUUCGUUCGCUUCGCGUUCAUCUUCUUCUCAUUCUGCGUGUCUUUCUUCUUCUCCCUCUCCUCCGUCUUCUUCGUACGCCGUUCUGAGUCCACCUUGUCUUCCUCCUCUCUCUUCUUCGCCUUCUCCUCCUUCGUCGCUGCCUCGUUUGACGUCCUCGCUCGCGUCUCUGCCUUCUUCAGAGAAUGCGCAUGCGUUGCCUCCGGGGGUCUCUGUGGUGCCGCAAACGAACUUGCUUCUUCUCGUCGCCUACGACGGAUCCAAUUUCUCUGGGUGGGCGGCCAACCUCUCCCCGCCAGAGCGAACUCUGCUGGUGGCCUCUCCCUUGACCUCUCAGUCUGACUCGAGUCCUUCUCCUCCCUCUUCUUCCUUCCCUGAUUCGUCUUCCCCCACCGCUUCUCGUUCUGUCCCUGCUUCUUCUUCUUCUCUAUCUGCCUCAUCUACUUCUGCUUCUCCUUCUCUCUCGCGCCCCCCCAAGCAGCUGCGAACUGUGGAGUGGGUGCUGCGACAGGCGUUUGCGGCGGUUCACCCUCUGAGUCGUCGACGUCAGCGCGACAUCCUUGCCCUUCUCUGGCGCAAAACGUUUCUUGACGUUUCGCAGCAAGCGGCGGAAUCAAGGCCUCGCGGCACCCUUGCAGCCAGCAGCGGAGAAGGUGAAGCUACGCGCGAAGCAACGGGAGAGGAAGAGCCUUCAGGCGAGAAGGCAACGCGAGAGCGAGCGAAGACCAGGCGGCCGCGGGCCGCAGCCGACGUCACAGAAGCAGAACCGACGGAUGAACUGGAUGUGUGCUCUGAAGCAAAGAAACAUGACCUUGGAGUCGCAAGGCCGGCAAGCGAGUCGCAAGAAGACGCGUUUCUCCAAGCCUUCGUCGAACGGCGGCGACGCGAGUGGCAAGUCUUGCUUGGCGAGGUGAGGCGCGCAGAGCAGCAGGCGCGUGAGUCUCUCAGGAAAGAACGAGAAGCCAGUUCUGAAGAAUGGGAGAGAAACAAACACUCAACGGAGGCACCCAGCAGUCUGCAAAACGCCCGCGCCUCCCAAGCGAAACGCACACAGCAGCCACCGAGUCCGCAUACAGCCCCAGCGACGGACCCAGACGGUCAAGAAGCGAACGAAGCGGAGCAAGACGAAAAAGGCGAGGAAAAAGUGGACGACGAUCACGGCCUUGACACGUUCCGCGAAGAUCCGGAUUUGGUGGACAACGUAGAUGACGAGAAGGACGAAGCCUCUCGGAUCGUCAGCAGAAUGCCUCUUGUCGCUCCUCCCAUCGUUCUUCGUCCGGCGAGUCGAACGGACCGAGGCGUGCAUGCAGCCGGCGCGAUCUGUCAAUAUGUCUCCUACUACCACCCUCUCCACAUCCCGCUGGAAAGCUUCGCCGCAGGUGUGAAUCGCAGGCUUCCUCCCGAUGUUCGAAUUCUCGCAGCUCUUGACUUGAAUCUGCUCGCAGACCAAGGCCUCUUUCUGGACUACUCCAAGCCUCUUUUGCCUGGAUGCGCGGAUGCUGGGCAAGACUCUUCUGAAACGUCCAAGGGCCGCGAAGGCGAAGGAACUCACCGCAAAGGAAACACGAACGAUGACAGCAACAAAGAAGAGGACAACAGAGACGACGAAAGCAAAGGAGUGGAACACAAAGGGGAAGGAAACCAAGGCGAACAUAGAGGAGAGGCAGAAGGAGACACGACACAGACGGGAGUGGCUGUAACAUGCGGGAGAGAAGACGAGUCGAGAGAGACAAGAAUGGGAGCCUCUGAUGGUUCGUCGCCUUCUUCGGCUUCGCCUGCGGGUUCCAAGAAACUGUCUCCUCUGCAUGCAUCGGCGGACUCGGCGACCCUGCGGUCGGGGGUACCUACAGUGUAUCAGCUCUCGCAGAAGAAACAUUACACGUACUUUCUGUCUCUCGCGCCCGCGGUCUUCCCGCCUCUUCGCCACGGCUGUUGGGCGCUUGCUGAAGAUGCGCGGCUGCGCAACUGGGCAUUGCAGAUGCUGAACUUUUCGGGCAACAGAGGACCAGGGAAGAAGACGCAGGGAAGAAGGUCCGAAGAAGAGAGAGAAAACGAGGACCUACGCGAGGGCGGAGAGGAGACACACACGCGUCGUGGCGAGGCGGAAAAAGACGAGACAGCAAGCAGUUCCUGGCAACGCGGGGGAGGCCUUCCCAGGGACAGACCGGGAGCGAAAGAUGUACCAAGAGGGCAGGCGAAAUCUUUGUGGGGUUCGCCCACGAUCGCGCGUGGACCGAAUCUGGAGACAGAAAGUGAAAAAGGAGGUUGUGCGCUUGCACAAAGAAAAACGAAUCUCUUCAAGGUACUCUCCUUCGACUUGGACGAAAUGAAGCAGGCCGCAAAAGCCUUGGAAGGGCAUCAUUCAUUCGCGGCCUUUCGGUGCGAGUACAGUGGAAAGGAGAAAGCGCGUCAUCUGCACCGAGACAAUCCUUUCUGCACUGUUGAGUCCGUCUCGAUUUCGCCUCUCGACUUCGACCCCUGGCCGCACCCGCCGUGUGCCUCUCCUCCUCUCAUGGCUUCUCCAGCUCCCCCGCGACCUCUCAGUGACGGAGAGACGGAACGGCAAGCGCAUGCAGCGGAGACACCACCUGUUUCGCGGAAGCGAACCGGCCAAACAAGCACUGGAAAAAGCGAAGCAGCGACCGAGCAACUCUCCCGCUUCCGCGGCGCCUCUGUCCUCUCACGAGCACCUGCUGUUUUCUCAUCGCCAGCCUUUCGAGAUGGCCGAGAUCUGCCUCAAGGACUGCGCAUCGACUUCGUUGGCAAUCGCUUUCUCUACAAGAUGGUUCGGAAGAUGGUGGGAGCUCUCGUCCAGGUGGCUCUCGGCCGGCUGUCGGUGGACGACAUUCGCUGUGCGUUGGAGCACGGGCGGCUGCCUCCAACGGGGGGAGAAAAAGCAAGCGGAAAAAGCUGCACUUUUUCACGAGAGGAUGCAGCGGGCAGCACACCGCUUCAAAGCCUCCGCACAGACUGUCGAAUGACAUCCCAAGCAAACGACGAAAGAGACAAACGAGGAAGUAAUAUCGAGGAGAGCAGAGCGUCUUCCUUUGUGCGGUCGACGAAUAUUGAUAUUUUCGAGUUCCGCGACUCCGGAAUUCUUUGCGCUCCACCUCAGGGUCUCACCUUGCAGAAAGUGUUCCUUCCUGAGUUCAUAGAGAGCCGGCUGUACAACACCGGCAGUCCAGUGUCCGAGGAAUAACAAACCGAACCAGG